CAGGCAGGCUGGAAUCCGGUGUGCCACAUCGGGAUGAGAGCGAGACAGAGACCCGGGUCAGAUGAGUCAGCGAAUGGACCUUGCCAUCACGGCAUUCUUGAAAUCUGAAUGAAUCUGGACGGAACCGAUCGGCGGAACAACAGAGAAACAAUCUAAUAUUUGUUUUUUAAAAAAUUGUCAUAUUCCGCUUCCUUUUAUUCCGCCCUCCUCUGGUCCGCGUCUGCCAUAGCCUAGUUUUGAUUUUUAUUUCCACCGAGGUGGGAAAAGGGGGGUUCGGAGAGGCUGCGGAGGAGGUGGAGGUUGUAUUUGACUUUUAAACAAGCGAAUAUCGGAAGACAAACUCGUUCGAGCCUCUCAUUUCUAAGUCUUUUGUUGCGCCGAGUAGAGCGAAGAUGUCGGGACAGAGCAUUACGGACCGGAUAACUGCAGCCCAACACAGUGUAACGGGAUCCGCCGUGUCCAAAACAGUAUGCAAGGCCACCACGCACGAAAUUAUGGGCCCGAAAAAGAAACAUUUGGACUAUUUGAUCCAUUGCACCAACGAGAUGAACGUGAACAUUCCCCAACUGGCUGACUCUUUGUUUGAGAGGACCACCAACACCAGCUGGGUGGUUGUGUUCAAGUCACUCAUCACUACGCACCACCUAAUGGUCUAUGGGAAUGAGCGUUUUGUCCAGUACUUGGCCUCAAGGAAUACACUUUUCAACCUCAGUAAUUUUUUGGACAAAAGUGGACUACAAGGCUAUGACAUGUCUACAUUUAUCAGGAGGUAUAGUCGAUACCUGAAUGAGAAAGCUGUGUCGUACAGACAGGUUGCCUUUGACUUCACAAAAGUUAAACGCGGAGUGGACGGUGUGAUGAGGACCAUGAAUACAGAGAAGCUGCUGAAGACUAUCCCCAUUAUCCAGAACCAGAUGGAUGCCCUUCUUGAUUUUAAUGUCAAUGCCAACGAGCUGACUAAUGGAGUCAUCAAUGCCGCCUUCAUGCUCCUCUUCAAAGACUCCAUCAGGCUCUUUGCUGCUUAUAAUGAAGGCAUUAUCAACCUGCUUGAGAAAUACUUUGACAUGAAGAAGACUCAGUGUAAAGAAGGUUUGGAUAUUUACAAGAAGUUUCUCACUCGAAUGACCCGGAUAUCAGAAUUCCUCAAAGUAGCAGAGCAGGUGGGAAUUGAUCGAGGUGACAUUCCCGACCUUUCACAGUUCACAGUUUGUGCUCCUAGUAGCCUUCUUGAAGCUCUGGAGCAACAUUUGGCCUCUUUAGAGGGCAAGAAAGUCAAAGACUCCACUGCAGCCAGCAGGGCCAGUACUCUGUCAAACGCAGUGUCAUCACUGGCGAGCACAGGGAUGUCUUUCACUAAAGUGGAUGAGCGGGAGAAACAGGCUGCUCUCGAGGAGGAACAGGCCCGACUCAAAGCUCUCAAGGAACAAAGGCUUAAAGAGCUCUCCAAGAGGCCGUCAUUUGCCACCACUGAUACUUCACCCAUCUCUACCACCGGGGGCACCAUCAGCACCGCACCAGCCAUUGACCUCUUCUCCACACCCAGCUGCUCUAAUGGUGCAGUGAAGAUGGAAAAUGACUUGUUUGACCUGCAGUCGACUUUCCAGCCCUCCAUGCAGUCCACGGGGCUUCCAGUGGCCACAGCGUGGGCAGAUCCUUUCACCUCUGCUGAAGCUGGAGAUGAUUCCAUGCCAAACCUUAACCCUUUCCUCUCAAAACUCGUUGUCGAUGCCACUCACUUACCUGUCGUGUCUUCAGACGGUGUUAGCUUUUCCUCUAGGACAUCUGGUCAUGAAAUGUUUGGUGAUCGUUACAAUCCCUUUAUUGACACAAACUCAUCAGUUUCAACCAAUUACAAACGCACAGUGCGGAUAGAACACUCCGUCUCAGACUCCUUCUGUGGUCCAGUGUCCAUUGCUCAGCACCUCCCACAUCAGGCUCCCUUCCCUACUGAGCCCUCUACUGUAGCAGGUCUAUUCCGAGGAUACUCAGCACCACAGGCUCCUCCCCAACAGACAGCAGGGGCACUCCAGGUGGACUUUGAGUCUGUUUUUGGAACCAAAGCCACCGGCAGUAGUAGCCUCAACUCUGAUGAUAUUACUGGAGGCAUCCUGAAACCAACUCUUGCCGGUUGUAACCAGCCGUCCAAUCAGCAGUCUGAGAAACUGGUGUCUGAUGAUCUCGACUCCUCCCUGGCCAACCUCGUCGGCAACCUCGGCAUUGGAAACGGCACGAUGAAGAAUGACAUCCACUGGAGCCAGCCUGGGGAGAAGAGGAUGACCGGCGGCACCAACUGGCAGCCCAAGGCGGCGCCGACCACAACCUGGAACCCUGUCUCCAUGCCCCCAUCAAUCAUGGCCUUUCCUGCCACCACACCCACAGGCAUGAUGGGAUACGGCAUGCCUCCACAAAUGGGCUCGAUGGGGAUGAUGAAUCCACCCACCAUGAUGUACACCCAGCCUGUCAUGAGGCCACCCAACCCAUUUGGCUCCGUGUCGAGCGCUCAGCCCUCCGCAGCCUCUAGUCCUUCCAGCCAGAGUCCUCUCCGAGCCCCUGGACAGGACCCGUUUGCACACCUCUCUCUCAAGGAUUUCUUGUAGAGCAUCUUUUUAGAUGCAGUUCAUGUAAUUUGAAGGAAGUGUCUCAGAAGACGAAGCACUUAGCAGCAAAACCUUGUCCUCGUUGCAGUCUAACUCUUCAGAGAAACAUCCACACGCCCCCAAAUACAGACACGUCAAGAACACAAUGGUGCAGCGACUGUCAGAAACCAUGGUAACCAUGUCCCAAUGACGUUUGGCGAUAGCUCACACCCAUUAUUCUGUAAUAACUUGUCCAAGACGUCGAGUGAUGCUGCUAUCUAACCCUCCUUAAAAGGACUCCUCAUCCAUUUUACAGUGUAAUCUGUAAAGAUCGUUUGGGUGCUGAGAAACUUAAAUGUUAUGUAUUUGGAGAUCCUGUGGUUGGAUGUAAAGGCUUUGAUGUCCAGCAGGGAUGGGGUAGAAGUAAUAAAAAAAAAAAAAAAAAAAAA